AUGGCCUACACAUCAAGAGAUCCUCACAUGGCCGAGCAGAUAGAGAUGGUCAAAAGGCUGGCAACACUGGAGACAGAGCUGAGAAUCGAGAGACAACAGCAUGCAUUGGCACAGCAAUGCGUCACUUACAUGGCACGUCAACUCGCCUCUCAGAACCAACAAUCUACAACCACAGCUCUCAGAAAAGAAUCCCAGCCCCGCGGCAGAAGACUCGAGAGAUGUGCAGCCAACCCCAGAAAUCAAGCAGAGAUUGAGCAAAAGCCAGAAGUGAGAGCAGAUGGAGGAAGAGAGCUGAUGGCAAAGCCACUGGCCGAGGAGGAGGAUCUUCUCGCUUGUGACGACGUGGAACUGCCAGUGGACUCUGUGCACUCGCCUAUCCUGGUACCUCUCAAAACACGACCUAUACCCGCUGGUCCAAGAUCCAAGCAGACAUUCAAAACCAAAUGUCUGGCUUUUCUGAAGCGCGAUGAAGAAAAACAUGAGCUAGUCGACACCGAUAAGGACGCAGAAGGCACACUUUUCACCUUCGAGAACAGCGGCGAUGGCUGCAGCAAAGAUCCUCCUUCAAGCGACAACGACGACGCAAAACUCAAUCCAGCUCCCGACGGACAGGAUGCAAAGAAGCAUGAACAGCCACUUACGCUCAAGAGUCUCUCGGAUCGCUACAAGGACCGCAAGCCCACAGAGGAUGGUCUCGACGCAUCAGUAUGGGCCGAGAGACCUUUCACUAUAUCCGGGCCGCUUGUCGAGAGACAGAGAGGCGUUCAAAGCGAAGCAGAGCAGAGAGCCGACACGGCAGAGGAGCAAGAGGAUCUGAUGCAGUUUCCUGGAACGGAUACGGUUGAAGAGCUUAUCUUGAGCGAGGAGCAAGAGGAAGAGGCCAAGCAAAAGCAUGCAGCAGAACUCCGAAAAAACCAAGCACUGGUCAUGUACGAUCCAUCUCUCAGCGAGGACGCUUUUCGCACAGUGCUGGUGACCGAAAUACCGAAGGAACGUUCGGCUGCAGAUGUGAUGCGCAUGGUCUCAGGAGGCAUGAUCGUCAAGGUUCAGUCCAUGGAUACGACACCCAUCACAGGCAGCAGGACAAUGAUGAUCACAUUUCUGGACGGCCGUGACGCCCGCGACUUCUUGAGGUCGGUGAAGGGCAAGACGAAGCCAAGAUUCAGUCUCCUCCAGACACCGACCUACCCUACUUUGCGGAACCUCGUCUACGACAUGGAGUAUAAUGGUAUCACACGUUGCUUGGCCAUCCACGGUCUACACGAAGACAUCACGUUGGAGGGACUUUGUGGGGCUACAUGCCGACCAAAACACAAGCAAGACAGCGUGCUCGAUGCCAGCAGAGACGAACAAGGAGUAUGCCACCUCGAGUUUACAUCUGUGACGGCAGCUACGGAAGGUCGCUGGGAGCUGAACAAAAAGCUCUUCAGACGCUUCACCAGAAUAUCGCAUGAAGUGGAUCCGUGCGACCGCAGAAUUUCUGGCAUCGAUGAAGACGGAGAGGAGGAGGAACUUGGAAGUAGGGAAAACGAACAAAGCAAUAUUGUCGAAUUGGGAGAUGGAACCGAGACUGAGAGUGAGACGCAGGCAGGAGCCGAGACCGAGUCGAGGUCGUCUGCAGGAGAAAAGGAUGCGGAUGGAUGGCCGAUCGGAGGGUUGGAUUACGAUUGA